AUGCUGAAUAUUAAGAAUAUAGUUCGAAGGAUAAAUAGUAAAAACAAUGCGAAUGAUAUAUCGUGUAAGUUGUAUGGUUGGUCUACUAAUGAUAUAUACAAUAUAAACUCAAUUGGGGAAAACAAAAAAUUUAGCACAAAAUUACACAAUAAUGAAAAUGUAUCCAUAAAUUUAAAUAAACAAAAUGAGUUAGGAAAUGAUGUAUAUGAUACAGUUAUUAUUGGUGGUGGUGUUACAGGUACUGCUUUACUAUUUUUAUUAUCUAAAUUUUCAAGUUUGAAAAAAUUAGCAAUAAUAGAAAGAAGAGGUGGAUUUGCUCAAGUAGCUUCCCAUGGAAAAAAUAAUAGCCAAACUAUCCAUUGUGGAGAUAUAGAAACAAAUUAUAGUUUUGAAAAAGCAAAAUUUAUCAAAAGAUAUGCUGAUAUGUUAAGAAAUUACUUAUCAAAUUUACCAAGCGAAAAAAGAGAAGAUAUAUCAAAUGUAACACAAAAAAUGGUUUUAGGAGUUGGGGAAAAAGAAUGCCAAUUUUUAGAAGAAAGAUAUCCAACAUUUAAACAAUUAUUUAAAACUAUGAAAUUAUAUAAUAAAAAUGAUAUAUAUAAAGUAGAGCCAAAUGUAGCAUUAAAAAAUGAAAAUCAAUUAAGAGACGAAAUGAUAUCAUCUCUUUAUAUGCCACCUGAAUUAACUACAUGUGAUUAUCAAAAAUUAUCACAAAGUUUUAUUGAAUCUUCACAAAAUUUAAAUAAUAAAAAUAAAAAAAUUUCUAUCAAGGUUUCUACUGAAGUUAUAAAUAUAGAAGAAGUCAAUGAUUCAUUAUUUAAAAUCCAUACAAAUAAAGGAAUUUUGAAAUCAAGAUUUGUAGUUGUAUCUGCAUGUGGUCAUUCAUUAUUAAUAGCACAAAAAAUGAACUAUGGAUUAGAAUAUAGUUGUUUACCUGUGGCAGGUAGUUUUUAUUUUACUAAUAAAAUAUUAAAUGGAAAAGUUUAUACUAUACAAAAUCCAGCAUUGCCAUUUGCAGCUGUACAUGGCGACCCAGAUAUUAUAGAAACAGAUAAAACCCGCUUUGGUCCAACCGCUUUACCUUUGCCUUUGCUUGAACGAGAUAAUAUGAAAACUUUAUUUGAUUUUUUAAAAGUAUGGAAUCCAGAUAUGAAUUUAUUUCAUGUCUACUUUAAUUUAUUUAAAGAUAUAACAAUGUUAAAAUAUAUUUCUAGAAAUUUCUUAUUUGAAAUACCUAUUCUAAAUAAAUAUCUUUUUUUAAAGGAUGUUCAAAAAAUUAUUCCAUCCCUCACUGUAAAUCAGUUAUCUUAUUGUGUUGGAUUUGGAGGAGUUAGACCACAACUCAUAAACAAAAAAUCAAAAAAACUUAUUUUAGGAGAAGGCAAAAUAGAUUCUGGUAAAAACAUUCUUUUUAAUGUUACUCCAUCUCCUGGUGCUACUACAUGUUUGGGAAAUGGAGAAUUUGAUAUGAACACAAUUUGUGAAAGACUUAAUGAAACUGUUAACAAACAGGAUGUCAACAAAUACCUCUAUCAAGGGGAUUAUCCAGUCAAUUAUUUGUAA